ACAUGACUAUGCGGAAUAUACUGAGCAUCAUCAUAUGCCACAUGACCAUGACAUGCUUUUCCAUAAAAUAAAAACAUGUUUGUGAUUAUGACAAUCUGAUUCAUUCAUAUGGCAUCAUCAACAAAGAAGGAAGUGUAUUCGGUGUGGGCGAUCCCACCGGAAGAUGUAUGUGACCGUCUCACCAAGCUCAUGACCACCCUCGGAUCCGAAUUCAGUGGACCUCAUUUCGAACCACACAUGACCGUCGUCGGAGCAAUAGAGCUAACCCCCGACGAUGCACUCAACAAACUCCGAUCAGCUUCUGAAGGUGUUAAGCCUUUUGAUGUCACCGUUGACCGUGUUGCCGCCGGCACUUUCUUUUAUCAAUGUGUUUAUCUCCUUGUUCAUCCUACUCCUCAGAUAGUGGAAACAAAUGGACACUGCUGCAGUCAUUUCGGUUAUAAGAAUUCAGCUCCUUACAUGCCACACCUGAGCCUUCUGUAUGGAGAUUUGACCGAUGAAGAGAAGCAAAAGGCUCAAGAAAGAGCUAAUGUUCUUGACGACAGUCUCAGCGGCUUGAGCUUUCAGAUAAGUAAGCUUGCAUUAUACAAAACUGAUACGGAAGACAAAACUCUGAAAUCUUGGGAGAAAAUUGCUGAAUGCACUCUUACUCCAAACUAGCUUGCUUGCCAACACUUAUGCCAUGACAAGCUGUUGUGUACAGAAAAUAAACAAACAUAUACCAUCAGAAGCUGUCUUACAAACUGUUUGUUUUCUGCAACUGCUUCUGUUCUUUUUAUAUUCUGUACUCUGUAGUUGUAUUCUUAGUUUUCUCCAAGUAAUGUUUUUAUUUGACUACUAUAAGUUGGUUCCUUCCAAGUAAUUUGAAAUUACUCCUGUUUAAUAAAUGAUAUCUCAGCAUUAUACAUUGGAGCUGUUUUUUUUAUAUAUAAAAAAAUCAAUUUCCUUCUAAAGUAUAAAA